AUGAAUCAAACAGUUCCCGGCAACACAACAGCCUUGAUACAAUGCACUGUUCCAGGCCGAACAGAUGCCAAACUAAGCUGGCGUUUAGAAAAUGGGGUUGAAGCGGAGGAGCUAACUGGGGUUAGGGAUGAUGGAAGGGGCCUCCUAAGAAUAGAACAUGUUAGAGCUGAACAUGUACGGCAUGGCUAUGUGUGUUGGGCAAUGUAUCCGAAAAGGGCAGAUAAGCAGGCUUUGCAUGCCGGUCCAGCAAAAGUGUAUAUCAUUGGAGGUGGACAACCGCAAGGAUGGGUUAUUGAAGAAGAUCAUUCAGCUGUAGAACCCCAGGAAGAAAUUAAGGAAGAAAAGAAGGAGGAAAGGAGUACAAAAGAAAAUCUUCCGGAACUUCAGACAACCCCAGAAAAUAAAAUUGUGGCUGGGGGACAAAUUGAACAUUUUGAUGAAGUAGAAAAUACGUCUAAAAUUGCUGUAGAAGAUAUUGAGGAAGAGAGGAAUAAAAUUGAAGAUAAGGAAGAGAAGAAAAAUGAUGAAGCAAGCGGAGAGAAGGAUGGGGUAAUCGGGGAAUCGAAAGAGAAAGACGUGGAAAAGUUGGGUGAGAAUAAAGAGGAGGAGAAGAAAGUUAUAGGAAAUGAAGAGAAAAAAGAGGAGGGUGAUGAUGAGAAAAAGAAGGAUGAGAAAGAAGAAAGUUUAAGGGAUAAUAAUGAAGAAAGGGUUAAAGUUGAAGAGGAUGGUGAAGAGAAGAAUGAAGAAAAAGUAAAAGAAGGACAGGAGGAAGAGGAAGUAAAAGAGGAGAAGAAGGAAGAAAAAGUAAAGGAAGAAAAGGAGGAUGAGGAAAUAAAAAAAGAGAAGAAGGAAGAAGUGAGAGAAGGAAAGGAGGAAGAGGAAGUAAAAGAAGAGGAGAAGGAAGAAGAAAUGAGAGAAGGAAAGGGGGAAGAGGAAGUAAAAGAAGAGAAGAAAGAAGACGAUGAAUUAAAAGAGGAGAAGAAAGAAGAUGAAGUAAAAGAAGCUAAGAAGGAAGAAGAUAAAAAGGAUGAUAAUGAAGCCAGUGAAGCUAAGAAGGAAGAAGUAAACAAAGUUAUUGAUAACGAAAAAGGGAAAGAAAUAGAGGAUAAGGCUAUAUUGAAGAAUGAACUUAAUGUUAAGACGGAUAAAGAUGAGAUCAAGGAAGCAGAAGCAGAUAAAAGGAAUGAGGAAUCGAAACGAUUAGAAGAAAAGGAAGAAGCUAAAGAAAAAACAGAAGAGACUGAAGAGACGAAGAAUAAAGAGAGUGCAGAAGAGAAAAAAGAAGGAGUAGAAGUGAAGAAGGAAGGUGUUGAGGAGAAAAAGGAAGAAGAGAAGAAGGAAGUCGUUGAAGAAAAGAAGGAAGAAGAGAAGAAGGAAGGUAUAGAAGAGAAAAAGGAAGAAGAAAAGAAUGAAGAAGAGACGAAGGAAGUCAGUGUAGAAAAUAUUGAAAAGUCGAAUAAAGGCGUUGAAGAGAAAAAGGAAGUAGUAGAAGAUGAGAAGGAAAAAGGUGAAGAAAAGAGAAAAGAAGGAGUAAAGGAAAAUGAGGAAGAAAUUGAAGGAGAAAAGAAGGGAGUAAUUGAAAAGAAUAAGGAAAAAGUAGAAGAGAAAAUUGAAAAUGACAAAGAAGAUGAGAAAGGAGUGGAAGAGAAGAAAGAAGAGAUGGAAGAGAAGAAAGAAGGCGUUGAUGAUAAAAAAGAAGAAAAGAAAGAGGAAGGAGUUGAAGAGAAAAAGGUGGAAAUAAGCAAUGAUACAUUGAAGGAAACGAAUAAAGAGAAGAAUGAAGAGAAGACUGAAGAAGUCUCGACUGCUAAUAAGAAAGAAACAGCUUUGGAAGAGAAAGAAAAGGGAGUUAAUGAAGAAGAGGAUGAAGGAAAAGAAAAGGAGCCAAAUGAAGAGACUGACAGAAAACCCGAAGAGGAAGAGAAAAAGAAGGAUGAGGAAGUAAGUGGAGAAGCAACGAUUCAGAUAGAGAGGUUGGUCCAUUCAAUUAGCGCCUCUGGAUCGAAGACGAACGAAACUAAAAAUAAUGAAGGAAAAGAAGAGAUUGAAGAGAAGGGAGUUGAAGAGAAGGGAGUUACCGAAAAGGACGAAGAAGAUGAAAAUAAUACAGCUUCAACAAACAAUUUUUGGCAGGUUUUGGAUGCAUUGAUGGGGAUAAUGCCUAUUUAAUUAUUAUAAAUCUUCCAAUUCUUGUGAUUAUUUUUACCUCCAUAAAUACUCUAUUUGUGUAUUUAAUUAUGACUGAUUAGGAAAUUAAUUAGAGCUAGGAAUUUGGAAAUAAUAGGAAACAAGAAAUGGGACUCGAAGAGGAAUGGAAGGGACGGAAGAAGCGAAAAUAUAGAGAGAAUCCAGGGCUGAAGAACCCACGAAUUUAUAAGCAAGCCCUUCGGUUCCAUCCUGAAACCUCGAUGAAUGCUAGGAAAAGAAGACUGGGAAAAGGGAGGACGGGGAAAAGUAAAAAGAAAUUAGGAAAGUGUAUAGGGACAGGGGAAAAAGACAACACUUCUUUA